UGUCCAACUGCUUGGUUACAGACUACAUGUACUUUUGACUUGCUAAAGAGCUUCUGAGCACUGCACAGGAUGCCAUUGACUGAAGAGGUGGAGACAGAGCUUGGUGGAGGAGCUACUGAUACUCCCAUAGAGCAGGCAGACAGCUCAAGUGGUUCAUUAAAGAGCUACGAUGAUACUCAACUGUCUGCCAAUUACCCGGGAGAUGGUGCCAGUCCAGUCAGGAAGAAGAGAAAGAGUGUUCAGUUUGCUGUGAUGGGCGGAGAGGGAGAUUCAAAUGUUAGUGCUGGGAGUGGAGACAGUGCCUCCGUGGGCGGUGAGGGUGUGAGGAGAGUGGAGGGUGUGACCGAGUGUAUGGGUCGUGUGUCGGACGAGCUCAAACAUCUAUUACUCAAAUGGAAGGAAGGAUUGCUUGAGAGUGAAUCCUUUGAGACCUUUUGUCCGACUCGAAUAGACGAGCUCUUGAAAGAAGCCCUGGAAGUUGAGGAGCAACUCAAGCAACAGAAAAAAGAUUUGAAGAAACGAUUAGAAGGAAUAUCACAAACUCUAUUCAACCUAAACAACUCAUAAUAGAGUAAUGUCUUAUUCUCUUAGAGCUAAUAUCAUUGGAUCAUUUUUAAUCUGUCUUCAUGUACAUACUUCGUAUGUGUUUAAUUCCGAUCA